CCGCGCUCCCCUACAACACCAGCAUCAAUCAUUUCCCUUUCAUGACUCUCCCACCGACCAAGAACCAAAAUUUCCCAUGAUGGAGCUCUCUGCGCCGCCUCCUCGCGGCCACCCUUUACUCGCUGGCCUCCGCCGUCCCCCGUCCAUCCCUGCCUCCCCUCUUCUCCUCCCCCACCUCUCCUCUUGCCCCAUCACUAACCGAUCACUAUUCGCUUCGCACUCCGCCAAAUCCCUUUCCUUGGUUUCUGAUGCAGGAUGGGGUCGUCCCCGUGAUCGACCGCCGCGGGCCAGGGCCUCGGACGAGGAUGCCUCCAUGGUUGUUGUACACGAUGAUGCUGGGUCGAAACGGGUCGAUGGGCCUUCCUUUCUCAUGAGGUCGUCGUACGGGGAGGGAGACAACCCCGAUGGCGGAGAGCAGAUUGCUGAGGCAGCGAAUAAUCUUUUGUCUAAGCUUAAUCUUAAGAUAGACUCUGAAGAGGCAUAUGGCAUCCUCUUUUAUGUAGCUGGUGCUCUGGCUGCAUUGUGGAUUUCUGCAGCCUUUGUUUCCUCCAUUGAUUCCCUACCUGUGUUUCCAAAAGUGAUGGAAGUUGUCGGCCUUGGCUUCACAAUCUGGUUCAGCACUCGGUAUCUGAUAUUUAAGGAAAACAGGGACGAAUUAUUUACCAAGCUUGAUGAACUCAAAGAGAAAAUAUUAGGACCUAGCAAUAAAUGAGAAAUUUGGAUGCCAAUGCUUGCAUUGUUCCAGUUGUCACCAGAUCCACGAUAAGCGUGGUGUGUAGGUAGGUUUAUUUGAUUCAGUUGGAUGUGAUUAGUAUUUCCAAAUUUCUCUUCGUGACUGGUUUUGUUGAGCUUCCGAAUCUAGAAUUCCGUGACAGCAUCUCUUAUUGCGUACAACUACUACAACUCUAGAAUGCUUUGUUUGGAAUGAGAGUUGGAUCCUGGUUUUUGCUAA